UGGUUCGACAAAGAAGGAAAACUCACUAUCCAGUCUGUCUGCUCCCUGCUCUCAGGAAAGGGAGACAAUGAAGUACCCAGCUUGUUUCCUGGUGCUGUUCUUUGCUUCAGAAAUAUGGAGCUUGGACUUCAUUAUUGAGGACAUCCCAGAGGAUCUGGAUGAGCUAUUUGACUUUGAGGUUGAUGGAAUCUUUCCAAGAACCAUUCUGGGAAAUGGCAGAUACAAGAGAGGCACAUCCAAUGACAACAAUUCAGGAGAAUCGGUUGCAGGGGAAGACAACAUAAUCCUCCAUAGCUACAAGGUCCAGUCUACCAUCACAUCUCGGCUGGCCAACACCAUGGUCCAGACCACAGUAGAAAACGUUGCCAGGCAUCCACAGAACCUGGUCUUUGAUGUCCAGAUCCCUAAAGGGGCCUUCAUCCACAACUUUACCAUGAACAUCAACGGCAUUACAUUCACAAGUUCGGUGAAAGAAAAGUCUGCAGCCAGAAGUCAGUAUGCACAAGCCAAGGCCAAAGGGAAGGCUGCGGGAAUACUAAGGAGCAACGCCCUUGAUAUGGAGAACUUCAAAGCCGAGCUCAAUGUCCCAGGAGGAACCAAAGUCCGGUUCGAAAUCCAUUACCAAGAGCCGAUCCGCAGGAAAUUGUCCACUUAUGAGCACAUUGUCCCUGUGCAGCCAGCAAGGCUGGCUAAACGUUUAGAGGUGGACAUCCGCAUCAUAGAGCCUCAGGGGAUUAGCUUCGUUCAUGCUCCCAAUGCACUUGGAGACCAGUUUUCAGAUGCUACAACCACCUCCAAAGGAGAUAGAAAGGCUCACGUCUCGUUCAAGCCAACCGUGGCCCAGCAGCGGAAGUGCCCCAAUUGCUCUGCUACGGCAGUCGAUGGCAACUUUGUGGUGACCUAUGAUGUGAACAGAGAUAAAGCUAGCGAACUGGAGAUUUUCAAUGGCUAUUUUAUCCACUACUUUGCUCCUGAAAAUCUGGACCCCCUGCCCAAAAACAUCCUCUUUGUUAUCGAUGUCAGUGGCUCGAUGUGGGGAUUGAAAAUGAGACAGACGGUUGAAGCCAUGAAGACCAUCCUGGGGGACCUCCGCUCUGAUGACCAGUUUUCAGUCCUCGAUUUCAACCACAAUGUCCGGUGCUGGAGAGAUAGUUUGGUGCAAGCCUCCAAAUCCCAGACAGAAGCUGCCAAGAAGUAUGUCGAGGGAAUCCAUCCAAAUGGAGGAACAAACAUCAACGACGCUCUUCUCCGAGCGAUCUUCAUUUUAAAUGAAGCCAACAAUAUGGGAAUGUUAGAUCCAAAUUCUGUGUCCAUGAUUGUGCUGGUGUCAGACGGAGAUCCUACUGUGGGAGAACUUAAGCUGCCUACAAUUCAGAAGAAUGUGAAGAAGAGCAUUCAGAAUGACCUUUCUCUGUUCUGCCUUGGCAUUGGAUUUGAUGUGGACUAUGAUUUCUUGAAGAGGCUGGCUACUGAAAACAAUGGAAUGGCACAAAGGAUUUUUGGAAACCAGGAGACCUCCUCUCAGAUGAAGAACUUCUACAACCAGGUCUCCACCCCACUUCUAAAGAAGCUGGAAUUCAACUACCCCCAUGGGAUGGUGUCUGAUGUCACGCACAACAGCUUCCAAAACUAUUUUGGCGGGUCAGAGAUUGUAGUAGCAGGAAAAGUCGAUACUGAUAAAGUGCAACAUUUGGAAAGUAUUGUCACAGCCACAGCCUCCAAUGCAGAGUUAGUCUUGGAAACCCUGGCAGACGUCGAGGGACUGGAUGAAUUCCUGAGCCAAGAUAAGCAUGCCGAUCCAAAGUUCACUCAAAACCUGUGGGCUUACAUUACCAUCAACCAACUUAUGGCUGAGAGAAACCUGGCCUCUACGGCUGCCCUGAAAAGGAACAUCACAAAGAGAAUCUUACAGAUGUCUCUUGAUCAUCACAUUGUGACCCCGUACACAGCAAUGUUGAUCGAGAGCCCGAACGGAGAUGAAUUGAUGCUGGCAGACUCACCCCAAGACCGCAAGAGGGCCUGCUGCCCAGGUGCAUUAGCCGUUGGCCAGCCCAAACCCGAUGCUUCCAUCCCAGCCUGGGCGAAAGCCACCUCAAAGACAAGGGAUCCGCUUUCUCUCGCCAUGGGUCCAACAGCUGCAGCCAUCCAUGCUGGAGCCUUAGUUAUUGGCCAAGCAUCGACCGACAAUUCCAUCCCAUCUUGGGUGAAGCCCACACCGAAACCAAAGGGUCCAUUAGCUGUUGUCAUGGGUCCAACUAUUUCUGCCAUACAUGCAGGAGUUUUAAAUUUAGGGCAAGCUAAGCCUGAUAAUUCCACCACCUCUUUGGACAAAUCCACAAAGAAACCAGCUGGCAGCGGGAUACAUUCAGUGGACAACGACCCCCAUUUCAUCAUCAACCUGCCAAGACAACAGAAGAACAUCUGUUUCAAUAUAGAUUCCGAACCUGGAGCAAUCCUGAAUUUGGUUUCCGAUGCCGAGCUUGGGAUUGUUGUCAACGGGCAGCUCGUUGGGGCCAAGAAGCGUCUGAAUAAUAAACUGAACACUUACUUUGGCAAAAUUGGGUUCUAUUUCGAAAAGAAGGGCGUGAAGGUGGAAAUCAGCACAGAGGCCAUCACCUUGAAGGACGGCUCCUCCCGGACUUCCCUCUCCUGGUCGGAAACAGGAAGCCUCAUUCGGAGGAGGCUGCUUGUCUCUGUGAAGCAAGACAGCAAUGUUACUAUCACCGUGGACGGAGAGCUCUCCUUCAUGGUUUUGCUUCACCGCGUGUGGAAGAAACAUCCCGUCAACGUUGACUUCCUGGGAAUCUACAUCCCGCCCACAAACAACUUCUCGUCCAGCGUGCACGGCCUAAUCGGACAGUUCACACUUGAACCACACGUGCUCAUCUACAAUGAACGGCCUGGCCAAGAGCCGGGGAAAUCGGGAGCCACCAUGGUCGUGAAAGGCCACAAGUUGACUGUCACCAGAGGCCUGCAAAAAGAUUACCGCUUGGACCACGUCUUUGGAACCGCUGUCCGUUGCUGGUUUGUACAUAACAAUGGAAAAGGCUUCCUUGAUGGUCAUUAUGAAGAUUAUCUUGUUCCCUCUUUAUACAGUUACCUGAAGCGCCGCUGAAGGGCUUCUGCAAAGGUUCUCAGGUUCUUUAAAAGGACUUUCAGACAUUUAAAAGAAAAACAGCGUCUGAGUUUGCAGAUGUUGGACUACAACUCCCAUCAUCCCCAGCCACAAUGGCCAAGUUGUGGCUGGGGAUGAUGGGAGCUGUAGUCCCACUAUAUCUGGGGACCGAAGUCUGAGAACCUUGGGUUACAGCCUAAAGCAGAGACCAGAAGUAGCCCACAGCUGAUCAGCCAUGGUCUUUCUCCACCCAAUCCUACAGAAAUUCACUGGAGAAACAGUCUUUCCAGGGGAAAAGCUUUUCCAACAGAAAAGCCUGGGCAGGCUGGAUAUGGGCUGCAGACCCUGCGCUGGCAGCCCCUGCAUAGCAAAGCCCUUUUUCAUAGGACGACCAGCAUCCCCAAACUUCCCCUGGGAUGGUUUUUAAGUGUUCUUGAUGGCUCCAGCUAAGCCCACUGAAAUGGAAACCAGCAGAAACCCCAAAGCAUGCAUCGUGUUCAAAAGGGAACCCGAGUGAGUUGGCCAUCACAACAGCAAAUAACCUUUGAGGUGAUAAAUCUAAUAAUAAAAAGCUCUCGGAUGGGA